AUGUAUUUGGAAACUAGAAGGGCUAUUUUUGUUUUUUGGAUUUUUCUCCAAGUUCAAGGAAUCAAAGAUCUCUCCAUUAAAAUACACCAUUCUGAAUCUAAAGACAUAGACAAUGCCCCAAGAAUCGAAACAUCUGAAAGCACUGCAAAAAUGUACAAAGUGUCAACCAUGAAACGAAUAUUCGAUUUGGCCAAGCGUCGAACAAAAAGGUCAACAUUUUUCCCAACUGGGGUUAAAGUCUGUCCACAGGUAUCCAUGAAACAGGUUUUAGCCAGUCUUCAAGCUUAUUAUAGAUUGACAGUGUGUCAGGAAGCAGUGUGGGAAGCAUAUCGGAUCUUUCUGGAUCGCAUCCCUGACCCGAGGGAAUACCAGGACUGGGUCAGCCUCUGCCAGCAGGAGACUUUCUGCCUCUUCGACAUUGGAAGAAAAUUCAGCAAUUCCCAGGAGCACCUGGAUCUUCUUCAGCAGAGAAUAAAACUGAGACACUUCCCUGAGAGAAAAGAUGAAAUAUCUACAGCGGAGACAUUCGGAGAGCCUGGUGAGACCCCUGUGUUUUCUACAGAUGUUGCCAAUGUCUCCCUUGGACCCUUCCCUCUCACUCUGGAUGUCACACUCUCCAAUGACACCAAGAAGCCUACAAUAGAAAGAAAAGUUGAAUCCACUAAGGUAUCCAAGGGCCCACUGGAGCAGAAGGUGGAGCUGAGCAUCACUCUGGCAAAUCAGAGGUUCAAGGCAGAACUCGCUGACUCCCAGUCCUCAUAUUAUCAGGAGCUGGCAGCGAAGUCUCAACUCCAGAUGGAAAAGGUAUUUAAGAAACUCCCAGGAUUCAAAGAAAUCCAUGUGCUAGGAUUUAGACCAAAGAAAGGAAGAGAUGGUUCAAGCUCCAUAGAGACACGACUUAUGGCCAUCUUUAAGAGAGACAGUGCAGAAGUAAAAAGCCCUGCAAGUGACCUCCUGUCUUUUGAUUCCAACAAAAUUGAGAGUGAAGGAGUCCCUCGUGGAAUGAUGGAGGAGGACAAGCAACCAGAAAUCUAUCUCACAGCUUUAGACCUCAAAAAACUGAUCAGCAGAGCACUGGAGGAAGACAAAUCCUUGGAUCUGGAAACAGUUCAGUUCGCUGAUGAAUUUUUUGGGUCAGUGCCAGGCUCCGAUCCUGACUUCCAUUCAGUGCUGCCUACACUCCUUGCUGAUAUCACAAAGGAUGCUACUUUGAGUCCAGAACUUCCUCUUGGUCAAUCCAGGCUUGAGACAGUGGGCAGAACAGGACACAGUAUACCUGACAGUUCUUGGUCUUCACCUGCUAAGGCCUCUGCUUCACUAUCAGACACUCUACCUUUCUUUACUGCAUCCAGCAUCUUCUCUCUGACUGAUCAAAGUGCCACAGACAUAAUGCCCAUUGACCAGACAGUACUAAUCCCAGAACUAACCAUCCCCAUGGAUGGCUAUUCUGCCAUCAGCCAAUCAGCUCUGGAAAUUUCACAUUCAACUGCAUAUUCAGGCAGCCAAGAUAUUGUGAGAGACUUAGACAUAAUGGAUCUAACUAACACUCCUGCUUCCUCUGAGGUACCAAGACUCAGUGCAGAUGUUUCCACCCCAGGUCAUUUCUUGGAGACUGCCACUCCAAACCCAGCUUUACAGUACAUCACCACUAACUCUAUGACCGUUGCCACCAAGGGCCAAGAACUGGUAGUCUUCUUCAGUCUGCGAGUCGCUAACAUGCCCUUCUCCAACAACCUGUUCAACAAGAGCUCUCUGGAGUACCAAGCUCUGGAGCAACAAUUCAUACAGCUGCUGGUUCCCUAUCUACGCUCCAAUCUUACGGGUUUUAAGCAACUUGAAAUACUUAACUUCAGAAAUGGGAGUGUGAUCGUGAAUAGCAAAAUGAGGUUUGCUAAGUCGGUGCCCUAUAACCUCACCAAGGCUGUGCAGGGGUUCUUGGAGGAUUUUCGUUCUGCUGCAGCCCAACAACUUGACCUGGAGAUAGACAGCUACUCUCUCGACAUUGAACCAGCGGAUCAAGCAGAUCCCUGCAAAUUCCUGGACUGUGGCGAAUUUGCCGAAUGUGUGAAAAAUGAGCGGACCAAGGAAGCAGAGUGUCGCUGCCGACCAGGGCGCGUGAGCCGGGGGCGUGGGCACCACCGGGACCCGGGCCUCUGUGCCCCCGCAGAGGAAUGUGAGGUCAUCCAGGGAAAGGGAGCUCCGUGCAGAUCGCUGGGUCACUCUAAAAAUCAAGCAUUCAAAACCAGUGUUAAGAAGCUGCAACAUCAGCAAAAUAACAAGAUAAUCAGGAAAAGAGAUUCUGAAUUACUGACUGGAGGAUAUGAAGAAUUUAAUUAUCAAGAUUGGGAAGGAAAUUAA